AACUCUAUGGGGCCAGUGUGGCACCACCACCGCCGCCACCUCAUCAUCAUCCACGUGCCCCACUUGUUUUCGCUCCACAGGACAUGAGGCAGAUUUUGAAAGAGGAACCUGUACCACGUGCCUGGCCUCAGCCUGCUCUUGCCGAUAAUGGAACGGUUGGAGUUGGUAGAGCCCAUUUCGAGAAACAGCCUCCGAGCAAUUUAAGGAAGAGUAACUUUUUCCAUUUUGUUAUUGCUCUCUACGAUCGAGGGGGACAACCGAUUGAAAUCGAAAGGACGGCUUUCAUUGGAUUUGUGGAAAAGGACCAGGAAUCCGAAGGCCAGAAAACUAACAAUGGAAUUCAAUACCGUCUCCAACUUCUUUAUGCGAAUGGUGUGAGACAAGAGCAGGACAUCUUUGUCAGAUUGAUAGACUCUGUCACCAAGCAGGCUAUUAUGUACGAGGGUCAGGACAAAAAUCCAGAAAUGUGUCGUGUUUUGCUGACGCACGAAGUCAUGUGCAGUCGUUGCUGUGAUAAGAAGAGUUGCGGAAAUAGGAAUGAAACUCCUAGUGAUCCAGUUAUCAUCGAUCGAUUCUUCCUCAAGUUCUUCCUCAAGUGCAACCAGAACUGUCUUAAGAACGCUGGGAAUCCACGGGACAUGAGACGUUUCCAGGUUGUCAUAUCUACCCAAGUUGGAGUAGAGGGUCCCUUAUUGGCUGUUUCUGACAAUAUGUUUGUGCACAACAAUAGCAAACAUGGACGCAGGGCGAAGAGGCUGGAUCCGAGUGAUCCGGGCGAGUAUAACAGCCUCUAUCCUCCCAUACCUGUGGCCACUCCUUGUAUAAAAGCUAUAUCACCUAGUGAAGGAUGGACACAGGGCGGUUCUACGGUGAUAAUAAUCGGGGACAACUUCUUCGAUGGAUUACAAGUUGUAUUCGGAACUAUGCUAGUAUGGAGUGAGUUAAUAACGGCACACGCUAUCAGAGUACAGACCCCUCCGCGGCAGAUACCUGGUGUUGUUGAAGUAACACUAUCCUACAAAAGUAAACAAUUCUGCAAAGGAUCUCCAGGAAGAUUCGUCUAUGUCUCCUUGAACGAGCCGACAAUCGACUAUGGCUUUCAAAGGUUACAGAAGUUGAUUCCUCGACAUCCUGGCGAUCCGGAAAAGCUGCCGAAAGAGAUUAUUCUGAAAAGGGCGGCUGACCUUGCUGAGGCGCUUUAUAGUAUGCCUAGAGGCGGCAAUUCUAGUAUCUCGGGAGCACCAAGGAGUCCAGGUACAGGUCAUCCAGCAGCACCCCCUACAUCUAGUUCAGCCACAGCUUUCAACUCCUAUACGGGUCAAUUGGCAGUCACUGUCCAGGAAAAUGGCAGCGCAGCCAAAUGGACGGAUGACGGAGGUUCGGUAACGACAGGUGCCGGUGCUGGAGGCGGUGGCAAUGUCGACGCCUACAGGCAAAGUAGCAGUGCAAGUCCUCGGGGGGUUGUAACCAGUGGUGGUUACUGCGGAAGUUCCGCCAGCACACCGCAUAGUCACAGCACCAGCGGAAGCUACUCCGUCGCCAACCCCUACACCGGAAGUCCGACUCUCUACGCCUCACGACUUGGAGAAGUGGUUGGGUCCCCAUUCAACAUGAACCCCUUCAUGUUGCCAACUUGCAACCAAGGAUAUUCCUCUGCUGGCAGUCCACUUUUAUCAUCAAGUGGUAAAUAGUGCUACGAGAUGUAAGCUCUACCGAAAUUGUAAGAUUACAAUUUACAAGUGAUUGGUGGAGCUUUUUUCAAAAUUAGAAAAAUCUUCAGGGGCAAUAAACUGAAGAAUUCACUUUUCUCUUCAUAUUACAUAUGCCUGACGAGCAUAAGGUUGAAUAUGAAGAAAAUUGUUACAACAUUCAAUCGUGAAAUAAUAGCGAAUUUCAUAGAAAUUAGAAAGUCAUGAUAUGACAUGAAAAUAAAACCAGUGCAAAACUAGAACAUCUUUGUUAACGAUCGAAUUAUAAAUAAGAAAUUAUAUACAUAUCGUAUAAAGAAGGAAUGCAGGAUAUUCCUCGCACAUUUUCAGUGUAGGCGUUCGAUUGGAAGUGAUUUGCGGCAGUCGUUAAAAAAAUUGAGUUUGUAAAAGACUGUAAAAUGAAUUAUACAUAGAAAGGCUGGUUGAUUUUUAGGAUGCUCUAUGUAAGAAACACUGAUUGGAAAAUUUUAAUUGAUUGUUUUGUCUCAUUGAAUCUUAAGUAUCAGCUGAAGACUGAUUUCAAGAUAUUAGUUUGUGUAAAAAACGAUUGUAAAGACAUUAAGGUUGUUCCAUCUUAUUAAUGAUCUCAUAUUAGAAUAUAAAAAUCCUGUUUUUGUUUUUGUAUAAAAUGUUUACUGUAUGCAAUUAUUUGACCUUUCUUAAUAAAUUAGAAAACGAUCUCUCGUACACAGGCUGUUGAAUUAGGUUCUUGAGUAUUUAAAAUCGCUAUUUAAAAGAAGACAAAAUUGUCUAUAAUAAUUCGUGCAUUGGAUUGAAAAUAAAUAAAUAAGAGAUGUAUAAAGAGCAAUAUCGAAGAAUUAUUUUCUAGGCAAUUAUAUGCGAAGAACCACCUCACCUGCCAACAAAAACAGAGCAAGCAGUGAAUAUUUUAUAUCAGUCGAACGUUGCUAUAGACGGGAAGUUUAAAGGAGAAUAAGAAGAAACCCCCAAUAUACGGACAUAUCGCUUAUCAAUGAGUAACAGACUUAAUAGUUUUAGAACGCGAAAGUGAAUUUUCUCCCAUCCCUCAACUUGUCACAUAAGCAGGCCAACCAAUAUCAAAGUGAUCUGCGUGAAUAUAUAGUAAUUUGUACAUUAUUUGUAAAUAUUGUUGCGAUGUACAAAGGAAAAUAAAUCACGAUAAGUAGAUAACGCUGUGAAGCGUUGUAGCGCGUUUGUAGAAUAAACGUUAUUAUACAUAAGUGUACAUAAUCCUUAGAGAGUCCGUAGUUUAUUCCAUAUGAAAAGACAUGGUUUAACUUUUAAAAAUCCGAAUCAUUGUGUAAAUGAAAUUGAUUAAACAGAUUGGAUCUACUUGUCCAUUAUAAAAAUACUAUAAAAAGUAGAUACAUGAAAUAUAUCAUGGAUCGUUUAAAAGUUAAACCUUGUAUUUAUAGUGUAUAAAAGUAUAGAUGGUUUGGAUUGUUUGUCAAAAUCGGUCCAAACCAAAUCUCAUACAUGACUCAUGAAAGUAUACGAAAAGAACCAAAGUAUCCGACGAGUCCAGAUUAAUUGAGAACUCACGAGUACAAUAUCUGAAUUGGAUUUCGUUUGAAUUAAUAAGCUGUAAUCUUACAAACUUCUGUCUAGAAGUUCAUUUUGCAUAUCACGGAGAAGAACAUAUCCGACGGAUGUCUUCCCGCUUAAAAUCUACUGUCCGUGAACAUUAUUGUUCACAACUGCUUCCGUAUUGUAAUUUUUUUUCUCACUAAUUAGUAACUUUCUACGCAUAAUGUUACGGUUACUUGAAUAUACACAAAUACAACUCACACAAGUACACGAGGAAAAACAUGUCUAUGUAUAUUACUAU